AUGUUAGGUGGACAUUUCGGAUGGAAGAAAGUAAAUAAACAACUGCUACAAGUAUUAUUCUGGGAUAAUAUAGAACAUAAUUAUAAGAAAUUAUGCAGAGAGUGUUUCAUUUGUCAAACACAGAAGACGCUACCAUAUCAACUUAUUAAGAAUACCAUUCAAACACCAUUAAUUGGAAAUAUUCCACUGGGGAAAAUCUAUAUGGAUUUGUUUCAACCAGGACGAAAAAUUAGUACAGGAAAUGUAGCAGCAUUGGUAGCUGUGGAUUCUUUAACAAGAUUUGUAAUGGUUGAAUUAGUAGGAAAUUUAUCAGCAAAAGAAGUUAUCAAUUCUAUGUUAGAAAAUAUAAUUUUUAAAUAUGGAGUUCCCAAAAAAGUAAUUACAGACAGGGGUACGUGUUUUAGUAGUGAAGAAUUUGAAAAGUUUGUCAAGUCAUUAAAUAUAUCUCACCAUCUAAACACUGCAAAUCAUCACCAAUCUAAUGGGAUUGUAGAACGAAUGAAUAGAACGUUUAAUGAAGCUAUCCGUAUUUAUAAGGAUCAGGAAUGGGACAAAACUAUUUUAACCAGUGUCUUCUGCUACAAUAAUACAAUUCAUCCUAAAACAGGAUUAUCUCCAAGUUAUUUAAUGUUUGGAAGAAAUGGGAAUUUACAACUAACUUCUUCAAAUAUUCUAAGUUGGUACAAUAUACAUCAUGAAGCAUGGAAGGAAAAUCAAAAUAAGGAGGAUUUCAAUUUAACUCUUAAAGAAAAGGAUUGGGUAUUAAAGAAACGAAUUGUGGACAAAAGAGGAAAGAAGAGCUUAUGGAAUGGCCCUUAUCAAGUUAUGAAACUUGAUGGGCAUCAAAGAGUUCUAAUUAAAAAAGGGCGCCAAGAAAUUUGGAUCCACGCUUCCCAAUUGAAGAAAUAUGAAAAAGAAAAUGAAAACAUUUUAGAGGAGAAAAAAGAAGGAUGUAGAGAUGCAUUAUGUAUCUAA